UUUGUCAUCAAAUUCUAGUGUAAAAAGUAUGAUUGUUAUAAUCAAUGGAAGUUGGAUUGGGGGGUAAGGGACUCAAUACUCAUGAAGUAAUGUCGAGGGUUCAAACCUCUUCAAUGGAAUGGAUUAAGUUGGGAGAUUUAUUUUUUACUUCGUUUCAAUGAUGCUUGAAUAAUUAUACAAAAAGAAAAAAAAAAAAAGGACGUGUUAGAAGUUAUUUGAAAGACAGCUUAAAUUCAUCCCUCGUAAAAAAAUAAUGGUUCAAUGUGCUUUUAUAUACUGUAUGUCAAAACUAUUAGUUUCUUAAGCUAAUAAUGGUGAUAUUUUCCUAAUUAUUUCUGACGUUGGCAUUGUCACACAUAAAUCAUUGGUCACUUGUAAUUGCAAUGGUUCUAAGCAAUCUGUUUCUUAAUGUGAUAUUCUUAGUUAAUAUGUCUUGUGCUAUUAUUAGGUAUUAUGAUUCAGAUUUUAUAUCCCUGGUAGAGGCUUAAAUUUAUUUAUUUUCCUUCUUUAUUGUGUUCAAUUAAUUGAAUUCCUUCUGAGUAGAGUAUGUCUCAAUGUUCUAAUUUAAUUCUACAAUUUUGAAAUUGGGAUGAUUGGAAUUCAUAUUUUAUUGACUUUUAUGUCUUCCCUUCUUCCUAAACUUUGGGUUGAGUUUUCAAGUUUGUUUUAAAGUUCUGACUGCUGACCAUAUAUCAUAUAUACUAUUCAGGGAGAGUAUUAGUUUUUCUCUUCCACACACUAACUGCAUAUUUCAGAAUUUUGUGAUUAGGAGAUUAAUGGAUGAUUGUCUUGAAUAUAGAUGUUGCUGAGUCAGAGUGCAAGGUGGUUUUUCUCUUUCAAUGGAAAUGGGUAAUCUGUGAGUUAGUGACUUAAAGCGAGUGUAACAGGGACUGUUUUUUAUUUUUGGCCGAGUGUACUUGGGACUGUUGGUAAUUCAUGAUGAUGGUUAAGGGAAUCAGUAGUGGCUCCUUUGUUUGAAUAGUUGAGUGACUCCUAACUUUUACUCAUGUUUUUGCCUGUGUAAUAGCAAUUGAACUUGGUGAUGCUUGGUGUCAUAGGUUGUUCUGUAGAUGACGUGAAUAUUGCCUUACUGGCUAAUUCAAUUUGCCGUCCUGUUAUCGAUAAGCUCUUAAAUCAGUGUACGAGUCCUUAUUUACUUGUUCAAUCAUUUCUUUCGUAUUCUUGACAGCGUGACUUGGAAGUCUCAAGCUGGAUGGUCAUUGUCUGGGCCAUAAGUUCUUUUUCGAUAGAAGAUGUUAAAAUGGACAAUGGUUAAUACCAAAGACUAAUGUAUGAGAUGUUAAGGAAUUUCACUGAUGAAGUAGACAUUUGGAAGUGCCAGUGGUGGUUAUAUAUGCAAUAAAUGGAACAGGAAGGUCAGGCUAGGUGUAAUUAUAAUGCUAGCAGCAUUUUUCAUUGAAUAAUAAAGCUGACAACAUUUAUUUUAUUAAGUGCUAAAUUUUGGUUUUUAACUAUUUUUGCCCCCUUUUGCUUUGGCGAGGCUUAUCUGACCACAUGCAUCUUAAUUUAUCUCUAGGUAUUGAAUCUUGACUACGCGUAUCAGUAGUUACACUUCCUAGCCAUGUCCUGCUUUCAGUUUAUGAUAAUGAGGGGAAUUCCUAAUUUCUAUUUUCGAAAAGGCUACCUUGUGGGAGUUUUGACAUCUGACUUACACACUUUCAUCCGUUGUAUGUAUAUGCAUUGGCUUGUUCCCCUUUCCCCUCGUUCAAUGCAUAUAUCUACAAAUGACUAAUAAAUGAGGUUCAUCCUUCAAUUGGGCUUUCUCUGCAUAACCGCGACUUGCUCACACGUCAUGGAAGUGUUUGAUUUAUAUUUAGCAUCCAGAUUGUCAGUCAUUUGCAGGUCUGUCUUUAACUACGGUGUCUAUCCUGAGAUUGCAAGUGCUAUGAGUCAUAGGCAUUUGUAUAACACAUCUCAAAUGUUUGAGAGUGAUCAUGACCAAAAUUGGAAUUCUAUGCAUACUGACCAACAGUAUGUGCACCUUGGUAGAGCUAGCACUUCAGAGAAUGGUUCUUUCAUUUACCCUGUGGAAAAUAUGUCUAUAGAUGGCAUUUCUUUUACCUCUAAUUGGAAUUCUACCACAAUGCCAAAUGGAUUUGCAUCCUCAAGUCUCAAUAUUGAAGUACCACCUCAUCAGUCUGACACAUCGGGCGCUUCUCAUGACCAUUUUCUGCAUUCAUCAAGUGCUGCAGCCUUCUUUGCAGUUUCUGAAAAUUAUGCUCAUCAGCCUUCUUCUUCCAAUUAUGAUAGACAGCCAUUUCACAUCGUUGAUGGUGGUUUUGUUGAUCUUACAAUGGGAAGUGGAAGAGGGCCUCACAAACGGAAGAGCCCUGGAAUUCCUCCAGCCUGUGAGAGAGGUAGUACAAGUAGAUACAUAAAAACUGGAAGUUCAACUGAUCUUCCUAUGUCUUCAGAACUAUGGCAGGAGAAGCCAAAUAUGGAUUCUCAAUUUGUGCCUCGAGAUCAAGUUACCAUGCCAACAACCUUUAGAGGUGGUGACCUUUCAAUCAGGGGUGAGGGUUCCUUGAGAAACGUGAGAAGCCGUUCUGCACUUGAUUUUGAAUCCAACCUGGCCAGGACCCAUUUAUCUGGCAAUCAUUCACACAACUACUCCACUGGUCUACCCAUUGACCAUUCUAGCACAGUGGAUCUCUCAGGUCAGAGUUCUAGUGCAUUAACGAGGGAUUGGAGCCAAAUGAGCACAUCUCAUGCUCAUGGCAGGUUAUUACCAGAUACAAGUGCUCUUAAUUGUGAGACAAGUCACUUCCUUGUUGGGAGUAGUGCUAGUAAUCCAUCCGUAGAUAUUGGGGGUUACCAGCAUGAAUUUGGUACAAGCAGAAAUCCUAUUGUACCUCAAAGUUUUCAUAAUAAUCUGACUCAGACAGCUAGGGGAGUGCGAAGCAACUUUUCACAAAGGUCUACUCCACCUUUUAGAUCUUCUUCAAGCUUGCGCUUAGGGCAUGUGGCACCAUCAGAUGAUGGAAUGCAAAUGGUUGCUGGUAGUUACUCCUCAAGACACCCAAGGCCAUUAACAACCAUUGGCUGGAGGAACAGUGACAGAAAUGGAAGGUCAAGGAUAUCUAGUGAUAGAUAUCGACCAUCAGUAGAGGCAUCUCUCCACGAUCGAUUUUCUUCAGAGGGUUUCGUGAUUGUUGAUCGUGGGUUGCCAUAUGGAUCUAGAAGUAUGGUUGAUCAGCAUAGGGACAUGAGGAUGGACAUAGACAACAUGAGCUAUGAGGAACUACUUGCCCUUGGAGAGAGGAUUGGUCAUGUCAGCACAGGCUUGUCUGAGGAUUUGAUUUCAAAAUGCAUGACGGAAACAAUAUAUUGUUCAUCUGAGCAAAGUCAGGAGGAAGGAACUUGUGUUAUCUGUUUGGAAGAAUACAAGAAUAUGGAUGAUGUUGGGACGCUGAAAACUUGCCGUCACGACUACCAUGUGAGCUGCAUAAGAAAGUGGUUAUCUAUGAAGAACAAAUGUCCAAUCUGCAAAGCUUCUGCUUUGCCAGACGACGUGAAGGAGAAAUAAUUCAUUUUACUGUAGUUUAACAUAUCUCAUUUUGUAUAUAAAUUUGGAUAUUCCUCAAAGCCGGGGAGACGGUCUUUCUUUUGACGUUGUAAUAGGGAUGCUACUGAAUGUCAAUGCAUUUGUUUCUGGCUUCAAUCUCAUUCCGGUGAAGCCUUGAAA